AUGGAGAGCACCGACGACGACGACACCCAAAGCCGCUUCCCCUCAACGCCCGUCAGCUCCGCAGCCCUCGCCCUCGCCCGCCGCGCCCUCGCCGAGCCCAUCCUCAACCACUCGCUGCGCGUCUUCCUCAUCGCCCAGUGGCUCUCCCACUCCCAGCUCGACGACGCCGCCGGCACCCAACGCGACGGCAGCGCUACCAAGGGCCUCGACCUGCUCUUCGUCGCCUGCGUCUGCCACGACCUGGGCACCAGUCACGCCCAGGACGGCCCCGAGCGCUUCGAGGUCCGAGGCGCCGACGCCGCCGCCAACCAUCUCCGCGCCCACGGCGUCGGCGAGACAGACUGCCAUGCCGUAUGGGUCGCCAUCGCCCUGCACACCAGCCCCGGAAUCGCCGAGCGCAUCCACCCUCUGGCGCGCCUGGUACGCCGCGCCGUCCUCGUCGACUUCUCCGAGGCCGCCCGUCGCCAGGCCGAGGCUGACGGCUGCCCCUGCGCCGACUUCGAGGCCCGUCUCCCCCGCCUCGGCAUUGAGAGGUGCCUGGCCGAUGCCGUCGUCGCCCAGGCCGGGCCUCGCGAGGCGCUUCCUCGUGUCGACAGCCUCAUCUGGCCGAGCUCCGAGAAGCACCCUGCCGCCAGCUGGCCGGGCAUCCUGCUGCGGGCACACCUCGAGAACCCAGGCCAUGACGGCAUCAACCCUGCAUUUUAA